AUGGAAACACCAAUAGAGGCGGGUCUGCAGAGCCGUAGAGCUCAAUCCCAACAGCAGCAACAGCAGCAGCUGCAGCAGCAACAGCAGCAGCUGCAGCAGCAAAAGCUCCCAGUUGAAGCGGCUGCAGAAGCAGCAGAAGCAGCAGCAACAGUAGCAGCAGCAGCAGAAGCGGCAGCAGCAGCAGCAGAAGCAGCAGCAACAGUAGCAGCAGCAGCAGAAGCAGCAGCAGAGAGAAUGAAAAGGGAUUUAUGCUGCUCGUACUCUAUUUUCCUCAGAGCAGCAGCAUAA